CGCGAGUGUCGUCGGCGAUCGCAUGCAAUCGUGCAUUGCUCCGCAAUUAAAAAACAAAUUUCAAUGAAUAAAUCAUCAUCGUCUGAUUUACAACGAUUAAUUCUUCAAUUUACUCCAAUGUGUUCAUUAAUUCGUUAAUAACUUCAGCAAAAACAGUGAUUCACGCGUUUGAAAUUGCACAGCGAGUGACAAAUUUUGUUAUUGUGAGGUAAAAAAUAAAUAAAUAGCAAACAAACAAAUAAGAACGGUACUUUGGUGAGCGCAUUGACUGGCGGACAGAUACGCGUUGUCAACAACACAAUCGCAAGUGGGAAGCGAUUUUUACAAUCAAGUUAUUGUAGUGGUAUUUAAAUAAAUCAUCAGUUUGAAUGUGUGAUCAAAAAGUGCAGACUGCUGGUAAAUAAAGUACUAGUGAAGUGAUUGAUGCUAACUUUUGGUUCUUAUAAUAAUAACUAUUUUUAUAUAGUAGAUCACAAACCACAACAACAACAGCGUGUAUUGUAUAGCCGCUUCCUAGACAUCGACAGCAUCAUCGUCAGCGACAACAGAUAGGAAACGCUCGUACUCGGGCGAUUUGCGCCGACGACUGACGAGCGCCUAAAACAUGGCGAACUCUACAUUGGAUAGAUUCUGCGGUUCCGCUUUUUGGAAUAGAACAUUAUCAUGGGAUACAGACGAUCCCGACUUAACGCUGUGUUUUGAGAAGACCAUUCUCAUCUUCAUCCCCUGUGUGUUCCUGUGGGGCUUCUCCAGCCUCGAGUAUUUUUACCUGCAAAGCAGCAAGUACGGCAAUAUACGAUGGAACUUUCUCAACAUCGCCAAGCUGUGCUUCAAUACAGCGCUGCUGAUAUUGAGUCUCGUCGACAUGAUCCUCGCCAUUCAUUGGUCGGUCGCUGGGACGUACAUCAUUCAGAGCGUGGAUAUUUAUAUGCCCCUCAUUAAAAUUAUUUCAUUUGAGUUGGCUGGUAGAUUUGUAUACUACAACAAGAAGCAUGGCAUCCGUUCUUCGGGGGUGCUUUUCCUCUUCUAUUUCCUGUGUGUACUCUGUGGUAUUCCUCAGCUGCGCACGGAAAUCCGCGGAGCGAUGGAUCACGAACCGGAGAUCUACUACUUUUACAUUAGUUAUCUCAUCUACUAUCCGUUGGUCGUCAUCAUGUUGUUACUGAAUUGUUUCGCGGAUGGCGAACCAACCCAUAGCAAAUAUCCUAAAUCAGAGAGACCAUGUCCGGAACAGUCUAGUGGAUUUUUAUCGCGAUUAUUCUUCUCGUGGUUUGAUCCAUUGGCGUGGAAAGGAUUUAGAAAACCGUUGGUUCACGAUGAUUUAUGGCAAAUGAAGCCGGAGGAUGGUGGACAUGAGGUAGUCGCUUUGUUUAAUAAACAUUGGCAGAGAACUCUUAGAAAACACGAAAGUACGCAUCCUCGCAGUCGAGUGUCGUAUAAAACCGACUCUGUACGAAUGGAUUUUGUUAACAGCAAAAAAACGCAAGCGUCUGUACUGCCAGCUAUAAUCAAAUCAUUUGGGCCGACAUUUUUGUUUGGAGCGCUGCUGAAGCUGACUCAGGAUAUUCUGACAUUCGCCAGUCCACAAAUUCUUAGAUUACUUAUUGAUUUCGUAGAAAACAAAGAAGAAGAUUGGAAAGGUUACUUUUACGCGGUGCUACUCUUUGUAGUUGCUGUUAUACAAACAAUUGUUUUGGCGCAGUACUUCAACAGAAUGUUCCUCGUUGGCAUGCGUAUUCGUACCUCUUUGGUGUCGGCCAUUUACCGCAAAGCGUUGAUUAUGUCAAACGCUGCGCGAAAGGAAAGCACCGUCGGCGAGAUUGUCAAUUUAAUGUCUGUGGACGCGCAGAAGUUUAUUGAAUUGACGGCGUAUAUUUGCAUGAUUUGGUCGGCGCCAUUACAAAUUUUGCUUGCGUUGUAUUUCCUUUGGGAUGUACUUGGUCCUAGUGUGUUGGCUGGUUUAGCGGUGAUGAUAAUCAUGAUUCCCAUCAACGGAUAUAUUGCCAACCGCACGAAACUGCUGCAGAUCAAGCAGAUGAAGAACAAGGAUGAGCGCGUUAAACUAAUGAACGAGAUUCUUAGCGGCAUUAAAGUAUUAAAAUUAUACGCGUGGGAACCUAGCUUCGAGGCGCAAGUGCUGAAAAUUCGAAACAAAGAGAUGAAGGUGUUGAAACAGGCGGCGUAUCUCAAUGCGGGCAGUUCAUUCAUUUGGUCUUGUGCGCCAUUUUUGGUAUCAUUAGUCACAUUUGCGACGUUCGUGCUCGUUGACGAAAAGAACGUGCUCGACGCGACGACGGCGUUCGUCUCGCUGUCGCUCUUCAACAUUUUGCGCUUCCCUCUGAGCAUGUUACCCAUGAUGAUCUCCAACAUGGUUCAAGCCAAAGUAUCCGUCGACAGAAUCAACAAGUUCAUGAAUUGCGAAGAAUUGGAUCCGAAUAAUGUGACCCAUGAACCAUCUGAAGAUCCGAUUAUUAUUGAAGAUGGUAACUUUAACUGGGGUGAAGGUGAAACGCUCAAAGAUAUCAGCAUGCGCUGCGCGCGAGGGUCUCUCACCGCAGUCGUGGGGCAAGUCGGUUCGGGUAAAUCUAGUUUAAUAUCGGCCAUGUUGGGCGAGAUGGCGAAAACCUCCGGCCGGGUAAACACCGACGGAUCUAUUGCGUACGUCUCGCAACAAGCGUGGAUUCAGAACGCAACGCUGCAGGAAAAUAUUCUGUUCGGCAAGCCUUUGAACGAGAAGGUGUACCAUAGAAUUGUGGAGGCAUGCGCGUUGAAGCCGGACUUCGACAUGUUGCCAGCCGGUGAUCAGACCGAAAUCGGCGAGAAGGGUAUUAAUUUAUCUGGUGGACAAAAACAGAGAAUAAGCGUCGCGCGUGCUGUUUACGCUGACUCAGAUAUUUAUUUCCUUGAUGAUCCACUGAGUGCUGUAGACAGUCACGUAGGCAAACACAUCUUCGAUAAGGUUCUCGGCCCGAAUGGUUUAUUGCGGAAGAAAACCCGUGUGCUGGUUACGCACGGAAUUACCUAUCUUCCACAAACUGAUAACAUCGUUGUGUUGGCGCAAGGCAAGAUUUCCGAGACAGGGACUUAUGAUCAAUUGCUGAAAAACAAGGGUGCGUUCUCUGACUUUUUGAUGCAGCAUAUUACCGAGGCGGCUGAGCAUGAAGAUGAAGAUAAUUUGGAAGAACUACAGAAUCAAUUGAGUAGCGCUGAAGUGCCUGAGGAAUUCGCACGACAUAUUCGUCGUGCGCGUUCAAGAGUUUCCGAAUCAGUUUCGGAAACAGGAUCGGAUAAGGCAAACGCUUCGCUAAUGCGGCAGCGUUCCACGGACUCCUCUAAUCUAGAAAACAGUGUGAAAGGCAAAUCGGAAACGCCAGUGAAACAACCCGUGGUUGGCGAGAAGUUGAUCGAGGCGGAGAAAGCUGAAGUGGGCAGCGUCAAGUGGGAGGUGUACAAGCAUUACUUGAUGUCAAUUGGAUUGGGCCUAACAGCGGUUACGCUUAUCCUCAACGUGGUGUUCCAAGGCUUCAGUAUCGGUUCUAAUGUUUGGUUAAGUGAGUGGUCCACUGAUAGCGAGAUGAACAACGCAAACGGCACCGUCAACACAGAGAAACGUGAUCUUUACCUUGGAGUAUACGGCGCGCUCGGCAUCGGUCAAGCCCUGUCGAUGUUCAUCGCGGCGCUGACACUGUUUGUGGGCGCGCUGCGCGCCGCCCGCCAGCUGCACGAUUACGUACUGACGAACGCGAUGCGCACCCCGCUCGCCUUCUAUGACGUGACACCGAUCGGGCGCAUCUUAAACCGCUUCUCGAAAGACAUUGACACCGUUGACACAGUGCUGCCACUCGUGAUUCGCGCGUGGAUCGCCUGCUUAUUUGGGGUCAUCGCAACGCUGGUGGUAAUCAGUUUUACCACACCACUCUUCAUCGUUGUUAUUAUACCGAUCGCCAUCUUGUAUUUCUUUAUUCAACGUUUCUACGUGGCAACAUCACGACAGCUAAAACGGUUGGAGUCGGUGUCGCGUUCGCCGAUUUACUCACAUUUCGGUGAAAGUGUCACCGGUGCGGUGGCGAUUCGCGCAUUUGGUGAACAAAAGCGCUUUAUCCAGGAAUCUGAAGAUAAGGUGGACUUUAAUCAGAGCUGCUACUUUCCGAGCAUUAUUUCGAAUCGAUGGCUCGCGGUGCGUUUGGAAAUGGUGGGAAAUUUAAUUAUUUUGUUUGCUGGCCUAUUUGCCGUUAUUGAAAAGGAUCAGAGUCCUGGAUUGGUUGGUUUGUCGAUUAGUUACGCCUUACAGAUUACUCAAACUUUGAAUUGGUUGGUCCGAAUGACUUCGGAUGUGGAAACCAACAUCGUCGCAGUAGAAAGAAUAAAGGAGUAUGGUGAAACAAAACAAGAAGCGCCGUGGACGAUCGCAAACAAAGCGCCUCCACCCAGUUGGCCAGAUAGCGGCGCUGUGGUAUUCAAAGACUACGCAGUUAGGUACCGCGAGGGUUUGGAUCUUGUAUUAAAAAAAGUGUCCUUCGAAGUUAAAGGCGGCGAGAAAGUGGGUAUUGUAGGACGCACCGGUGCCGGAAAGAGUAGUUUAACUCUUGCCUUAUUUAGAAUUAUUGAAGCAGCGAAUGGUGAAAUUAUUAUAGACGGUCAAAAUAUUGCUGAUAUGGGCCUGCACGAUCUCCGUUCUCGUCUCACCAUCAUCCCACAAGACGCAGUAUUGUUCUCCGGCUCGCUGCGUAUGAACCUGGAUCCUUUCGACAAACAUUCCGAUAACGAAGUUUGGGAAGCACUCGAACACGCUCAUCUCAAACAGUUUGUCGUUGGUUUACCAGCUGGUUUACAUCACGAAGUGGCCGAAGGCGGUGAAAAUCUAUCCGUCGGCCAGCGUCAGUUGAUUUGCUUGAGUCGUGCGCUAUUGCGCAAGACGAAAGUACUCGUCCUGGACGAAGCGACUGCCGCAGUCGAUUUGGAGACGGAUGACCUCAUCCAGCGCACGAUACGCACCGAGUUUAAAGACUGCACCGUGCUGACGAUUGCGCAUCGACUCAACACGAUCAUGGACUCUGAUCGAGUCAUUGUGCUGGAUAAGGGUGCCAUCCACGAGUUUGACACGCCGGCAAAUCUCCUCGCCGACCGAAGCACUAUUUUCCAUGGUAUGUGCCAGGACGCCGGACUGGCAUAAGCCGAACUUACGCAUCGCUUAGGCAUAAGCUCACUUAAGCGCCAUCAGGUCAUUUGUGUUUAAAUGGGAAAUUUUCCUUUACUUACAUACACGCCCAAACAUUAUUACACUGAAAGGUUGAGAGUGAGAGGGAGAUUCACGAGUCGAUCAAAACACAUGCGCAACUUAUAGAAUUUUAAAGAAUUUUUAGCAUCACCCAAGAUAUUUACUUAAAUUUAGAACAUUUAAGGAGUUACAAUUUUGAGAAAAUUCAAAACAAGAACAUUCGACACACAUGCUUCACUCGAUGUUUUUAAUGAGUGUGCCUGUUCUCACUUAAGCGUAAACUUGUUUACUUAACUUAACAAUAAUUUGCGUUUUUUAUUGUUUUCGUCUCCAAGAAGUUGAUGAUUGUAUAUACUAGCCAGUUUUUACCACAAAGAGUAAUGUUACCACAUUUGAGAUUUUUACAAUUCUGUUUAAAAAGAAGUUUUCAUCUUGCCAAUUAUGUCAAAACAUGUUAAGCAGCAUAACGUGUCACACCAUCACUUAAAUUGAAAUCUUCGAUUGCUCGUUCGAAUUUAAAAUGCAAACCCUACAAUGAUGAGUAGUUGAACAAAAAUACUUAAAAAUUAAAUAAAAACUAUGGAAAAUAAUGUAAAUCUUGGUAUUAGUUGCUAUAUCUUAUCUAUAUUGAUUAAUACAGAGUAUAAUUAAGUAGCGCGAUUACUUAAUAGUAAGGUAUUUCUAUUUGGUUUCAAUAGAACGGGAGAUGUGUAUGCAUUGAGCACGUCGUGCAGUGAGCAAUAAUUGUUGCUUAAAACUUAAUUGCGAUUUGCGGAAUAAAUAUUUUAAUUAAUGUUCUUUUGAAUUUUGUGGUAAUUCGAACCUUUCAAGUUUGUGUUUUCUGUAUUUUAUAAAUUUUGUAUAGAAAACACCCUGUACAAAUAAAGCAAUUUGAGAUUUCUAAUUUA